UCGUGUCUGAGAGCUGGCAGUGGUGUUGAUAGAUCAAGGUGAGAGUGGCGUUUUAAGUUGACGGAUCUAGGUGAGAAGUUCCUUCAAUGCUAUCCAGCGUCAACGCUGUUGGAAAGGCAGGGAUGUCGAAACUAAAGCUGAUAUCUGCAGAGGACACUCAGUACACCACAUCACUUUUGAAGUCCAUCAAUGAGCAGCGAAACAGUGGUUUAUUCUGUGACGUCACCAUAAUUGUGCAGGAACGCAAGUUCAGGGCACACAAAGUUGUGCUGUCUGCCUCGAGCACCUAUUUUCGCCAACUUUUCUCAGUUGCUGGACAACUUAUAGAGUUAAACUUCAUCAAAGCAGACAUAUUUGAGAUCAUCUUGAAUUAUAUAUACACAUCUAAAAUAUGCAGAGUUAGAUCGGACAGACUUCAGGAUCUCAUUAGUGCUGGUCAGAAUUUGGGUGUGAAUUUUCUCUCCAAUUUAGGAACGCCACUUGCACAAGUCAAGGGAUUACCUGGCUUGUCCAAAGAAGGAGACAGCAGUGUUAACUCCACUGAGAAAAAUGGUUCUGAAACAGAGAAUAUGCCAAUCAUUACUGAGACAUUCUCACUUUCUGCUGAAGAGUUCAACAUGGCAAGCAUUAGUGCAGAAAAGGAAGUGGACUCGGACAAUGAUGACAUUCUUUUCGUCUCAAAAACAGAAGCCUCACAAGCUCAGAAGAUCAAGAUAUCAGAAGUUAAUCAGAGAGAGCCAGAGGCUAAAAAACAAAAAGUCACAAAUGAAGUAGUAAUUGGCUCAAAAGAUUCAACAAACCAAGAGAGAAAAGACAAGCCUCCUUCUGAAUGUACAGGACAAAAUAACCUUCAUCCCCAGCCAGACAUGGCGCUUCUCUCAAGCCCUGUGAUGUCCCCAGAUGCAAGUAGCAGUGUUCUAACUUCCCCUGUAAGAACCAGCUCAACUAGUGAACCCACCACCCCUGCAUGCAUGAACAGCCUCACUCCAGAGCCUCACAACACCUCACUUCCUCUAGAGAACAACAAGGUGCUUGGUGUGCAAAAGAAAGCAAUUCUUCUAGAGCCGUCACCAGACAAAAUCAGACUGUCAGAUGUGAGAUCAACCUAUAGCACAAAUAAUGGAAUAGGAACUGGAAUAAACGUGGUCCCAGCAGUUUCAGCAAAAACGACAAUAACUUUAGACAAAGCCUCAGAAAUUGAUUCGUUAUCAACAGGGUGCAAAGUGUAUGCCAACAUAGGUGAGAACACCUAUGACAUCGUCCCUCUAAAGGAUGACCCAGGGGAGGGAGCCGCUCCUGGUCGAAAAUCGCAGAUGCCACCUAGUGCCGGCAAUGCGUCUGGUAACUCACCCCAAGGAAAGAAGAGAUUAAAGCUGGAUCAGGAGGAUCACUACGAAAUUGUCAUGGAUGGAAAAACUUUCUAUGUGUGCAUUGUGUGUAAGCGUCCCUACGUGUGCCGGACAAGUCUCAAGCGUCACUUUAACACUCACUCGUGGGAAAGAAAGUAUCCAUGCCAUUACUGCAGCAAGGUGUUUGCCCUGGCAGAAUACAGAACCAAACAUGAAAUCAGUCACACAGGGGAAAGACGGUACCAGUGUUUAAUGUGCAAUGAAAUGUUUCUCAAUUAUCAGGUUUUGUCAGGUCACUGCAAGCAAGUUCACAACCAAGACCCUUCAGGACGGAAGCAGAAAGAUGACACAGGCAACAACUUGUAUCGGCUACUGCCUUGUAAAACAGUGCAGUUCAAACCGUAUUCCUUUAUAUCUGAUGAAUCGGUGGGGAUUCCAGUGAUCAACGAAGACGGAACUGUUCAACAUUUAAACCCCAGUGAAGAGCACUUUACAAGCGAGGAGCUUCCAUCUAGCCAAAGCAAAGCACUGGCCUGGAGUGACAUCUUUGCAGAACCUGAGGCAACUACCAGGCCAGAAGCUCUUGCUCAGACACCUCCACGAGGACCACCACCACAAAGAGCACCACCACAACCGGUCAACCAAAUAAAUGCCGAAGGCACGACAGAAUUUGAGUUUGUUAUACCAGAGAUGUACUGAGCAAGCUUGUUCUCUGCUCUGGCUCAGGUGCCUUGUUUGGGGAGGGGGGUUGAUUCUCUGGACCAGCUGAUUAAAGACUAAACUCCAGUAUUCCAUCAACUCAAUGUAGUUUCAAGGUGCUUUUCGUUCUUUUUAAUGUACCUUUAGAAUCAUGAAAUCCUUAGCAUUGCAGUUCAGUUUCAAUUCAUCAACUCAAAUUUUAAUAAUGCUUGGUCAGAUAACACAUGGUUAAUUAAAUAGAUAUAGGCUAAUACAUAUUUUAUGUACAGCUACAUUAGACCUGUUGAGCUAAUUUAGCAUUUUCUGUUCCGUUUUUAGAACAGUACAACAAUGUUGUUUAUUAAUAGUAGGGAACAAGUACAGACAAUUUGCAAAUACAAUUUGUUAUAUAUAUUUUUUUUUUUACAGUUAUGUAACUUUAAUGUGUAAAUGCUUUUUGGGAGAGUGUUACGUAAAUAAGCCCAAGUCCAAAAGUAACUGUUAUACCUAAAUCAUCAUUCUGACUAAAUUAUUCUUUUCAUAUUCAGAGUUCCAUUGGAAAGAGAUGCUACAUUUUUUUUUUUUUCUUGUCAACUUCUUAUCGUAGUUAUUAAUGAAUGUUUGGCACUAGAUGGAUAUGUGUUAAUGGCAGGUUUUUGGUCCUGCAGUAAGAAAGAGUUUGAAUGUUCGUAUUUAUAGUUUAUGCUGAUUGUUAUGAAGUUUUAAGAAGGAUGGAGUAAAUAUGUGAAAUGCUUUUUUCAUCUGUUCAUUAAUUAUGUUUUAAAAUGUAUAUGCUGGCCAUAUAUUCUCACAAAAUUUCCCUGACAGCAUAAACAUGGGGACCUGAGGAAAAUACUUAGUCUCUCCUCUGAUCAUGUCUAGACAAAAGCAGAAAAGUUCAAGCUAAUCAAAUGUUGGUAGCACAUAGGACCUCUCCUUUUCAAUUUAAAUAUUUUGUACAUAUAUUUUGUAUUAUUAUUUUUUCAGCAUAGUUUUGUCAGAUCAUAGCUUAGCUGUGUAAAAAAUCUUGAAAGACAAUUAAGAUUCCUUGGGAUUGUCACAACACGAGUGCUCUAACACUGUAAUCAUGUAUAUAAUAGUACUAAAGACCUUCAUUUUAACCAUUU